AUGCCACCUUUGCCGGGCACUCACUCCUCUGUGAAAAGUGAGAGGCCCGUAAAAGCUGCCGUCGCAGUCAAACACCAUCCGAAAAUGCGGCAUUCUCUCGAGCAGAAAUCUCCCAAAUGGAAUGUCGUAGUUCAAGAACGUAAAGUAAGUAUAAAAAUAUCGGCACCAUCUACAGAUUCCAACAAGCUCGAUUCCAGUCUGGACUUAAUGGUUUGCCGUGAUGACGUCUUGAAACCAGUACCAGCGGUCGUUUUACGAGUUUCGAUGGAGGUUCGUUGUCAAGCAAUGCCAUUCUCAGGUUCCAGAUCUGAAUCAGUAAAAAUAUUAAAUGUGGAUAAGUGCUGA